GUGAAUGAGCUCAUAGUGUGGGGUGGAUGGCAACAACAACGCCUGGUUCAUAUUUGGCACUGCCCACUCUUCACUAACCUUACACUUUCCCUCUCCCUCGUCUCUUCCUUCCCCGUUCAUUGACGAUGCCCUGAGCAUCGAAUAUUCCCAAUCCCUUAACGCAAUAAUGGAAACCCUCCCUCGUCCAAUCGCCGCCAGAUUCCACCCUCUCCCAAUUCUCAAAACCCGCCUCCGAGUCAACUCCUCCAAACCUAUCUUCAACUCUGCCCUCCAAUUCCCCUUAAUUCGCUUCAAACCCCUAUCUCCUCAACUCAAUUCCCAGACUCUCCGCCUCUCCCAUAAGUGCUGCGUCUCCAAGGCCUCCGAUGACAACCACGACCAUCAUCACCAUGAUCACCACCACCAACACCACCACCACCACCAUUGCCAUGAGGACGCGAAGCUGAGCGGGGCUCAGGAAGCGUUCAUCGGGUUCGCGAAAGCGAUUAGAUGGACGGAUUUGGCAGAUUUCCUGAGGGAGCAUUUGCAAUUGUGCUGCUGUUCCGCGGCUCUGUUUCUAGCCGCCGCCGCUUGCCCUUAUGCUGUGCCGAAGCCCGCGGUGAAGCCUCUACAAAACGCUUCCAUGCUCGUUGCUUUCCCUCUUGUCGGGGUCUCUGCAUCACUUGAUGCUCUUACUGAUAUUGUUGGUGGAAAAGUAAAUAUCCAUGUGUUAAUGGCUCUUGCAGCCUUUGCAUCAGCAUUUAUGGGGAACCCCUUAGAAGGAGGGUUACUUCUUGCCAUGUUUAAUCUGGCCCAUAUUGCUGAAGAGUAUUUCACCAGCCGCUCAAUGGUAGAUGUUAAAGAAUUAAAGGAAAAUUAUCCAGAUUUUGCCCUAGUGCUGGACAUAAUUGAUGAUAAGCUUCCCAAUACUUCUGAUUUGGCAUACAAGAGGGUUCCUGUGCACAACAUAGAAGUUGACUCUUAUAUCUUGGUUGGAGCGGGUGAGUCUGUGCCUGUAGAUUGUGAGGUUUUCCAAGGCAAUGCCACCAUUACCAUUGAGCAUUUGACAGGAGAAGUCAAACCAUUGGAGAUAAAAGUUGGAGACAGGAUUCCCGGCGGUGCAAGAAAUUUGGAUGGCAGGAUGAUUGUGAAGGCAACAAAGACGUGGAAAGAAUCAACACUGAGCAAGAUUGUGCAAUUAACUGAAGAAGCACAAUUGAAGAAACCAAAGCUUCAAAGAUGGCUGGAUGAAUUUGGUGAACAUUACAGCAAGGUGGUUGUAGUGUUGUCCAUUGCUGUGGCUGUCAUCGGGCCAUUUUUAUUCAAGUGGCCAUUCAUUAGCACACCAGCUUGCAGAGGAUCGGUUUACAGGGCAUUGGGGCUCAUGGUGGCAGCUUCACCAUGUGCUUUGGCUGUAGCUCCAUUGGCAUAUGCUACUGCAAUUAGUUCCUGUGCAAGGAAGGGAAUACUGCUGAAAGGUGGUCAUGUGCUAGAUGCUCUAGCGUCUUGCCACACUAUUGCAUUUGAUAAAACUGGGACAUUGACAACUGGGGGGCUUGCGUUCAAAGCCAUUGAACCGAUUUAUGGACACCAUGUCAGAAACAAUAGAUCAAACUUUUCGUCCUGUUGCAUUCCCAGCUGUGAAAAAGAAGCUCUUGCUGUAGCGGCUGCCAUGGAGAAGGGUACUACUCACCCGAUCGGAAGAGCUGUUGUAGACCAGAGUGUUGGGAAAGAUCUUCCUUCUGUUUCCAUUGAUAGUUUCGAGUAUUUUCCUGGUAGAGGUCUCAUUGCAACUCUAAAUAGCAUUGAGUCAGGAACUCGAGGGGUUAAACUUUUAAAAGCAUUACUUGGUUCUGUGGAUUUCAUCACUUCAUUUUGUAAAUCAGACGAUGAAUUAAGAAAGAUAAAAGAUGCUGUAAAUGCAUCUUCAUACGGAAGUGAAUUUGUUCAUGCAGCUCUUUCUGUCGAUCAAAAGGUGACACUGAUUCACCUAGAGGAUAGACCUCGACCCGGGGUUUCAGACGUCAUAGGCGAAUUACGUGAUCAAGCAAAGCUUCAUGUAAUGAUGCUAACAGGGGAUCAUGAGUCAAGUGCGUGGAGAGUGGCAAAUGCUGUGGGCAUCAAUGAAGUUUAUUGUAGCUUGAAGCCUGAGGAUAAGCUAAGUCAUGUGAAGGAUGUCUCGAGGAAUAUGGGUGGAGGUCUAAUCAUGGUUGGUGAAGGUAUUAAUGACGCACCAGCACUUGCUGCCGCGACCGUGGGGAUUGUGCUUGCUCAACGUGCUAGUGCAACUGCUAUAGCUGUUGCAGAUGUGCUGUUACUACGGGACAAUAUUUCUGGUGUGCCAUUCUGUAUUGCCAAGUCCCGUCAAACAACUUCGCUGGUUAAACAAAAUGUGGCCCUUGCACUUUCUUCUAUAUUUCUGGCAUCUCUUCCAUCUGUUCUGGGAUUUCUCCCCUUAUGGUUGACGGUUCUUUUACAUGAGGGCGGUACUCUUCUUGUUUGCCUUAAUUCGGUACGUGCUCUAAAUGAUCCAUCAUGGUCCUGGAGGCAGGAUUUAUUGCAUCUGAUUAAUGAAUUCAAGUCUAGAUUACCGUUAUCAAGUAGACGUAACGCUAGCUCAGACUCCAUCCAGGCCACUGCUACUCGGUAACUUUGCCUUCUCUUAUAGUUCCUUUUUUUUCCCGUUAAGUUAUUUUUUCCCUCCAGCUGAUUAUUAUCAAAUUUAUGUAUGUUAUAUACGAAGAUGGUCAAAUCAAAUGUGUGGAUACUGAUUAUAGAAAACUUCUGUG